ACCAAACGAUGGAAGUCUGCACCAACGAGAACGGAAACUGUGCGGUUGCAAGUGAAGAUUUAUCGUGGGCGUUACAAAUUGGCGAUCUUGACACAGUCAAAGAACAGUUGCAGAGACUUGCUAAAGAAAACGGGGACUGGAAUAUAAACAAUGUGUCAAAUGGAAGAACUAUGUUACAUAAAGCUUGUGAUUACGGUCAUUUGGAUAUUGUUGAGUAUUUAAUUCAAAACGGUGCUGAUAUAAAUAUGAAGGACAACUUUGGCAUUACUCCAUUGCUGUGUGCUCUGUGGGAAAAUCAUUUCAAAGUUGCUAAGUAUUUAAUUGAUAAAGGAGCAAUUACAAAUUUAUUAACACCGCAAGGAUUGAAAUAUUAUGAAUGCAUUGAAGAUUCUGAGAUGAUAAACUUAUUAAAACGACUAGAAACUCAAUAGUUAAUUUUAUCGCUUUGAUUCAAAAAUGUAUUAAUUGAAUAAUCUAUCAAAAUCUAAAUGUACCUUUUUAAUGUUAUUUACAUAUUAUUUGAGAUAAUUAAACAAUAUAAUAACUAAUUUCAUUCAAAAAUUCCUUUUAUUUAAAAUAAUUUUUUUAAGGAUAAUUCAUUGUUAUUAUUUUUUAGUUUUAUAUAACAUUUCACAUUUAUUUAUCACUAGCCUUAUAAAUUAAUAUUCUAGAUUCAUGAGUGAAAAAUUAUAAAGUAAUGACUGGAAAUAUAUAUAUUUAUAAACACUUGUUCCUAUAGUAAAUUGUUGGUGGAAUAAUUUGACAAUAAGUGAUUAAGUUUUCAUUGUUAUUAUUAUAAUUAUUAUUGUUUAUCAAUAAAGUAAUGAAUGAUCAAUACAAUUAAUACAACUAAUACAUUUUGUGAAGUUUGAGACAGUUUUAUAAGUAUAUUAAUAUUAAAAUUCAAUUUUUAGCAUGUUUAGACAUGGUUACAUACACUUUUAUAUUAAUAACUAUGUUAAUCAUUUUGAAGUAAUAAAAUAAUAUAAUCAAAUUAUUAUUGUUAUAA